AUGAUAUUGGAAAACAUCAACCCGGAUGUCUAUAACUUUAGUAUUUUGGUUGAUGCAUUUUGUAAAGAAGGAAAAGUGAAAGAAGCUAAAAAUGUGUUUGCCGUGAUGAUGAAAAAAGACAUAAAACCUAACAUUGUUACUAAUAACUCUUUAAUGGAUGGAUAUUUCCUAGUUAAAGAAGUGAAUAGGGCCAUGGAUAUAUUCAACACUACGACCCAAAGAGGAGUGAGUGCAAAUGUUCGGAGGUACAAUAUCAUGAUUAAUGGAUUGUGUAAGAUUCAAAUGGUUGAUGAAGCUAUGAGUCUUUUCAAAGAAAUGCGUUGUAGAAAAAUUAUUGCUGAUACUAUAACUUAUAGAUCUCUUAUUGAUGGCUUAUGCAAAUUAGGGAGAAUCUCAUAUACUAUGAAGUUUGUCGAUGAGAUGUGUGAUAGAGGGCAACUAUCUAAUAUAAUUACCUACAAUUCUAUAUUGGGUGGUUUAUGCAAAAACCAUUAUGUUGAUAAGGCAAUUGUAUUAUUAACUAAAAUUAAGGAAAUUGGUAUCCAGCCAAAUAUGUGCACAUACACUAUUCUUAUUGAAGGAUUGUGUAAAAGUAGAAGACUUAAUGAUGCACGAAAGAUUUUUGAAGAUCUUUUGGUGAAAAAAGGCUACGGUAGACCGUAG